AUGCAGUCGUGGAGAAGGAAGUCCCUCUGGUUGGCACUGUUGGCCUCCUGGCUCCUUGGCCUCCUGGGAAUCUUUCCCCUUCUCCGUCUGGCAGUGCCCACCAGGCCUCAGGCAGGGGCCCCCCAAGGCUGGCCCCGCUGGCUGGAUGCAGAGCUUCUGCAGAGUUUCUCCCAGCCUGGGGAGCUCCCAGAAGAUGCCCCUCAGUCUCUUCAAGCCCCCCAUGGCGGCAGCUGCAACUGGGGAGCUUGCUUUGACGCCUCGAAGUGCAAGCGUGGUGGUUUCAAGGUGUUCAUGGAUCCAGUGGCUGGACCCGUCUCUGAGACUCAGCUCAAGAUCCUGGCUUCCAUUGAGGGAUCCCGCUACCACACUGUCAGCCCUACCGAGGCCUGCCUCCACGUCCUCAGCCUGGAUGCCCCAGCUGGACAGUGCAGCCUGGUGCCCCCGGAAUGGAACGAGGGCCAGAACCAUCUGGUUCUCCGGCUCCACCCAGCCUCCUGCUCCUGGACUUUCCAACUGGGACAGGCGAUGGUGGCCGAGGCCAGCCCCACAGUGGACGCCUUCCGGCCUGGCUUCGACGUGGCCCUCCCGCUUCUCCCUGAAACCCACCCGUUUCAAGGUGGGGCUCCUGGCCAGCUGCAGCAGCACAGCCCCCAUCCCGGGGUCGCUCUGCUAGCCCUGGCGGAGGAGAGGGGUGGGUGGCGCACGGCAGGUACCAACUCCUCUGCCUGCCCCUGGGAUGGGCACUGUGACCAGAACCAUGGAUCUGAGCAGACCCACCCUAGGGCAUCGCUACCCAAUGCCAUCUUCUGCCUCAUCCCAGGUCCUGGCGCCUCGCACUUCCUCCAAGCCCUGCAGGCUGGCUGCAUCCCUGUGCUUCUCAGCCCACACUGGGAGUUGCCCUUCUCCGAGGUCAUCGACUGGACCAAGGCGGCCAUUGUAGCUGAUGAGAGGCUUCCACUUCAGGUCCUGGCUGCCCUCCAGGAGAUGCCACCCACGCGGGUCCUGGCCCUGCGUCAGCAGACCCAGUUUUUGUGGGAUACCUACUUCUCCUCAGUGGAGAAGGUCAUCCAUACCACUCUAGAGAUUAUUCAGGACCGGAUCCUUGGAGUAUCUGCUCACCCGACACUGUUGUGGAAUAGCCCCCCGGGGGCACUCCUGACCCUGCCCAUGUUUUCCACAAGUCCCUCGGACUUUCCCUUCUAUCACCUACAGCAGGGCUCUCGCCCUGAAGGCAGGUUCAGCGCCCUGAUCUGGGUGGGGGCCCCAGGCCAGCCCCCCCUGAAGCUCAUCCAGGCAGUGGCAGGCUCCCAGCACUGUGCCCAGAUCUUGGUUCUCUGGAGCAAUGACAAGCCACUCCCGCCCAGGUGGCCUGAGACAGUAGUGCCCUUGAUAGUCAUCAAGGGGCACAGGAAGGUCAGUGACCGCUUCUUCCCGUACAGUGCCAUCAGCACCGAUGCCAUCCUCAGCCUCGAUGCCCACAGCAGUCUUUCCACAAGUGAGGUGGACUUCGCUUUUGCGGUGUGGCAGAGCUUCCCAGAGCGCAUGGUGGGCUUUGUGACAUGGAGCCACUUCUGGGACGAGGCCCAGGGUGGCUGGGGCUACACUGCUGAGAGGGCCAAUGAAUUCUCCAUGGUCCUCACCUCUGCUGCCUUCUACCAUAGGUAUUACCACACCCUCUUCACCUACUCCCUGUCCAAGGCUCUGAGGAGCCUGGCAGAUGACGCACCCACCUGUGUGGACGUCCUCAUGAACUUCCUAGUAGCAUCAGUCACCAAGCUGCCCCCUAUAAAGGUGCCCUAUGGGAAGGGGCACCAGGAAGGCAGACCACCACUGGUGCCUGCGGGCCUCGGGUCCGAACCUGCGCCGCAGCCCUUAAACCAAGAUUGCAUCAACCAGGUGGCAGCAGGGUUCGGCCACAUGCCCCUGGUGUCCUCUCGCCUCCGUCUGGACCCAGUGCUCUUCAAGGACCCGGUGUCCGUGCUGCGCAAGAAGUAUCGCAGCCUGGAGAAGCCUUAA